AUGGGCGGAGAGACUGCCGCUGUGCGCUGUUAUUAUUGUAAGAGUGAUUUCUUUUUUACGAAAAUGGCGUCUAGUCAGGGAGGUGUGGGAGCUGUCACGGCUCUACAAAGCCAUCACUACUCUAGUGGACCCCCAUGGACCCCGGGAAUCAGCCAGUACCAGCACCAGCAGCAGCACCACACGGCCCGCAGCCUGGACCGGGCUCUGGAGGAUGCGGUGUGCUCCGGGAUACUGAACCUGAGCGGCAGGAAGCUGAGGGAGUACCCGGGGAUGAGCUACGAUCUGUCCGACACAACACAAGCAGAUUUGUCCAAGAAUCGACUCACAGAACUCCCCCCUGAUGUGUGUCUGUUCGCCCCCCUCGAGUCGCUCAACCUCUACCACAACUGCAUCAAGUGCAUCCCAGAAGCCAUUAUCAACCUGCAGAUGCUGACUUACCUGGACAUCAGCCGAAACCUCCUGUCGGUUUUGCCAAAAUAUUUGUUCACCCUCCCCCUCAAAGUUCUGCUUGUGAGCAACAACAAGCUCGUGUCCAUCCCCGAGGAGAUCGGCAAGGCCAAAGAGUUGAUGGAACUGGACGUGAGUUGUAAUGAGAUCCAGGUGCUGCCAACUCAGGUUGGGAGGCUUCACGCUCUGCGAGAACUGAACGUCAGGAGGAAUUGUCUUCACAUGCUGCCUGAGGAGUUGUCCGACCUACCUCUCAUCCGCCUUGACUUUUCCUGCAAUAAGAUCACAGAGAUUCCUCCGGCUUACAGGAAACUCAGGCAACUGCAGCACAUCAUCCUCGAUAACAAUCCCAUGCAGUCUCCACCCGCACAAAUUUGCCUCAAGGGCAAAGUGCACAUAUUAAAGUACCUGAACAUCCAGGCGUGCAGGAUGGACAAGAAACCGGACACCCUGGACCUCCCCUCCCUCGGCAAACGAUGCAUUCCUCAGCCACUCACAGAUAGCAUGGAAGAUUUUUAUCCCAGUAAGAACCACGGGCCUGACUCUGGAAUCGGUAGUGACAAUGGCGACAAGAGGCUGUCUACGACUGAGCCUUCAGACGAUGACACAGUCAGCCUCCACUCGGUUUCAGAGACAGCCCGUGCCGAUGCCCUCUCUCUCCUCUCCAAAAUGGACUCUUGCAAAGAUCAGGAUCUCUAUGACUUUAUAGACUCCAACCCGGACGAGGAUCCUGCUCUGUCAGAGUGUGACGGGCAGCAGAGCAGUCAUGUGUCUUGUAUAAAGGAACUGGAAAAAGUUCUUAACAUGUCUCACCAAAGCAAAGAUAAAGAGAACUGGAAGGAUGAGUCAGGUUCUGAUAAGGAGCAGCUAGUGGAGGAGGAGGAUGACGAGCUGAAGGAAGUGCUGGAUCUGAGGAAGAUUGCUGUCCAGCUUCUGCAGCAGGAGCAGCAGAACAGACGACGAUCCUUGAUUUGCAGAGCGGAGAGUCUUAUUCACCGACGGAGGGUGACCGGCCGGGCCCACAGAUUUCUUAGUCACUCCGGAAGCUCAGGCAACAAGCCACGGCCCCCCCCUCAGCCUCGCAGUGCCUCUCUGGAUGAAGGAAGCAGUGGAGCCUCAGUGCUGAGUGGACAGCCGUCUUCCUCCUGCUCCUUUGAUGGCAGCCUGAAGACCGAUUCGUCAGAUUCGGAGCCAAAGUGGCCCGACGUCCCGCCGGUCCUCAAUCAGAACGAGGAACGUAGGAGGAACAAGUACCUGAGGAAAGAUUAUCUGAAGUACAAGUGUCAGAGUGCUCGUAAAAAUUCCAACGGCAACGAUGAUUCAGAGGAGGGCAUACGCAACGCAGAUUUCAGCACCACUCUCACAGUGUUUGGACUGAAGCCAAGAUCAGCAUUCACCAAAGGAAGCCGCCAGGAGUACGCCUCCACGGACCCCAGCUUCACCAUGAGGAGGAAGAUGGAGCACUUGAGGGAGGAAAUCGAGCAGAUAGGAAUCCUUCGACAGAACAUUGAGUCCAGACUGAAGGUGUUGCUCCCAGAAGAUGUCGGAGCCGCUCUGAUGGACGGGGUAGUUCUCUGCCAUUUAGCCAAUCACAUCUGUCCUCGGUCAGUCGCCAGCAUCCAUGUGCCGUCUCCCGCUGUGCCAAAGCUUAGCAUGGCAAAAUGCCGUAGGAACGUGGAGAACUUCUUGGAUGCCUGUAAGAAGCUGGGCGUCACACAGGACAAGCUGUGUCUCCCCCAUCACAUCCUGGAGGAGCGCGGCCUGGUGAAGGUGGGCAUGACGAUCCAGGCUCUGCUGGAUCUGCCUCCAUUAAGACCCACCCCCCUGUCAGCUGUUUGACACAAGCCUGAAUGCUGCGUACAAUCCGCAGCCAUCCAGCCAACCCCACUCCUCUGCGCGAACCCCCUCCCCAUCACCAGGAACCAGAGAGCCCCCCGGGGCGAGGACCCAGUGGGAGUCUGCUUCUGCCUGACUGAACCAGGAGACAGGAGGGGGAAAUUCCUCUGUCUUUUUAUAUGAUGUCAGCCGCCACCCAAUUCCUGUCCAUCACAUUUCCACUUGUAUACUGUUCCUAGUGAUCGGGGGUCAAUGUGUGUUUUCUGCGCUGCGCUGCUUGGACUUUUCGAGGAGAGACAGAAAAGAUCAAAUGUUUUGAAGACCUGUAUUUACCUCUUAACAUGCUCUGUGCUUUUUGUUCCAGUACUGAGAACAUUUCAAUGCUGGUGUUAGAGACAUUGGCGUUGAGGAGAUGACAGACAUGUGACUCACUCUUCCACUCAACAGAUCUGUGUUUUUGUACUUUUUUUUCAUUACUUAAGCUCACUUCUGUGUCUGCGUCUCAUGAGUCAAGGUAGAGUUAAUUACAGAAAUCCUGACUCUAUUGUUUUUUAAGGGAGAGGCAGGGUGUGCCUCUAAGAGCAUGCCUUCCACAAACUACCAUUUUUUCUUUCUCCGUAGGUCAUUUUUAAUUUCACUCUCCGGCGCGUUUCCUGUCAAACUGUAGUAUUGAAUUAUUUUAACUAUUGUACAAAUACAAUAACAAAAAUACAAAGCUGCAUGCUAUGACAUUUGACCACUGUGAGAACAUGUGCUGGAUGUAGCCAGAGGCACUAUGAUCCUGUUUUGUAGCAUCUUUUUUUAUUGUACGUCCAAUGGGUUUCUGACAAAUAUUCUGGAGUCUGACUUUUCUAAAGCUUUUAUACUUUUUUUCCAGUCAUUGCCAAAUAUCAUCGCCAGUUUUGUGCCAUAGUAGACACAAAGCAGUCCAUGCAAACCUUCCUCACACAUCCCGCUUUGAUCUUACUGCCAUCCUGCUGUAUUGCUUUCCUAUACAACUCAUUAUUUCAGGGAAGCUCAAUUAUUUAUGUAUUUAUUCAUUUGUUUUAUAUUUAUAUGUUGUUGCUCUUUGCAUCUUACCCCUCGUUUCCAGUUCAGGUGUAAUGAUAAAAAGGAUAUCAGUUUCAGGAGUCAACUUAACUUUCAAUAUGACUUCAUUAUAUUGUUAUGUCAAUUAUGCCAGGCAAAAAGUUUUUAUUUAAGUGCUUUAAUGAUUUAUUUUACACAAAGUGCGACUAUUUGAGACUUUAAAGAGUCCAUAUCAUGGACAUGUAUCAGUGGCACGUUGAUAUGGCAUGUUCAAUGACCUCUGGCUUUGAUCAAAGGUUGUAAAAGCUAAUGCAGCCCAUGUUAACAACAGAAAAGGAAGAGCAGUUUUGAUGCGUAGUGAAGACAAAGCUACCGUAAUUUCCGGACUAUAAGCCGCUACUUUUUGCACAAGCUUUGAACCCUGCGUCUUAUAGUCCAGUGCGGCUUUUCUAUGGAUUUUUCAUGAUUUUUGUGAUAUCGUAAGAGGUUUUGUUUUUGUUUGUUCCGCUGUUGUACGGCACUACUUUGUCUGGCGGAAGGGCAUGUGAUCAGACACACAGUCACGGGGGAAAAGAGUGGUAUGUUGGUCACAUGUCCGUCCGCCAGGCAAAGUAGUGCCGUACGAAUUAGCGCGAAAAAGAGACUAGAUUAGCAAGAGCAAAACGAGUAUUACAGGAGCAAAGGAAGCUUUCAUCCACAAAUCCUCAUUAUGGCAAACAAAAGAAAUGCAUAUGAUGCAGCUUUUAAAUUAAAGGCAGUCGAUUUGGCUCUCAACGAGGGAAAUAGAGCUGCUGCACUUACCCUUGGUAUAAACGAAUCAAUGGUGAGACGUUGGAGACGCCAGCGUGAAGAACUGGCUCAGUCCAAAAAGACGAAAAAAGCUUUCAGAGGUAAUAAAAGCAGAUGGCCCAAACUUGAAGACUUUAUUGAAGACUGGGUGAACACACAGAGAGCAAACGGGCGAGGUGUUUCAACUGUGCAGAUCCGACUGAAAGCCAAAACAGUCGCCACCGAAAUGAAGAUAGAACAUGUCAGAGGUGGGCCAUCCUGGUGACAAACUUCCGCAAAUUCACACUAAGAAAGAUAUAUGCAUAUUCCCUUACCUAUGGUAAUUAAACAUUAAAACACCUGCGGCUUUUAGUCCGGUGCGGCUAAUGUAUGAACACAACAGGAUUUCCCCCUAAUUUUAGCUUGUGCGGCUAAUAUUCAGGUGCGCCUUGUAGUCCGGAAAAUACGGUAAUCAUGAUGCAACAAGUGCCAUGAAGUACCUUGAGGUUAUGGUUUGUCUUGCUGAAACAACUUAGUGGACAGCAAUUUGAAAGUCCACAAAAAUCAUCAUGGUAAACUAAAUUGUAACACCUAAAAACAUGACAUAUUGUGCCUUAAAGGAGGGGUGUUUUUGUGCUUCUGAGUCACAUUUUUCUCUUACUGUAUUUCUUUUUUUCACAAGAUGUUUUAGAAGAUAUGUAACAGAAACAGAUAUUCUGCUGAUGAGCUUACUGUUUAAAAACACAAUGGUCCACUGUUCAUAAAAAACCAAAUCUGAUAAAGAUUCCUGAUGUUCCCUUAAGGCGUCCUAAGUAAACAUUUCCUUGGUAUUGUGUUUCACAUUUUACAUGUUGAAUACUGUUCCUGGAAACCUCUGCCUUCUACAGUACUUGUCAUGACAGACAUUAAUAUUUCCUUUUCCAAGGAAGAAAUGCUAGAGAGAUACAAAAGAAUACAGGGCUCACAGUUCAUUAAGCCAAGUAUCGAUUUUGGUUAAGGCCAUAGGCAAUCUUUCUAAAACAAUCUGUCUCUGGAAAUACCCUGCACUCCGUUUGGCUGCAGCAAGGAAAAGGUUGUCUUUAAUGCUCACUUAUCAUCAAAUGUUAAGCGUGCUGCAUCUUCAAAACAGCGUCUACAGAACGUAUUGAGCAUGGUUAUCACUUGUAACGCAACACAAGCAUGAUCUGCAAUAUCAACUAAGAAAGAGUAGCUUGCAGCGUUCUGUGAGCAUCACACAAGCUGGCUGGUAAUCCGAAAAGGACAACUGAAGCACCCACUUCAUGUCUUGACUUCCAGGCAAAUGAAGAAACAAAACUGGUGUGUCAAAUAUACUUUAGCCAACAAUAUCUGGCCAUUAUUUACUGUAGGUUUUCAUUGCUGUAUUAUUUCUUACUAUACAUACUCAAAUUCUUUUUUUAAUGACUGACAGUUUCUUCGCAUUUUGGCGAAAAUAAAUGACUUUGGGAUUGAGUUUGCAUUUUCAAGAUACUGGUACCGAAUGAAUGACGCAGGGCAGAAUAAGGGGCUCAAAGACAAACCACAGAGAGGUUCGUUUUUCUUGGGUUUAAUCAUGUGUGGUAAAGCGGUGUAGGAUUAAUACAUAUGCAUAUGUAAAUAUGUAAAUUGCAUGGAAAGGGAGAGCUGGCCAAAUAACUUUGAAAGUCACUCGCCUUUGGAAAGAGACGUUUGUUUACUGCAGAAAAAACAAAAACACCAUCCCUUUCCAAAAGAAGUGGCGACUUCACCACUUGGAAAUAUCAAUGGGUUGCAUUCAAACGUUCAGAUUCCUUUUUCUUUUUAUUGAUGGUAGUUCAAAACUGUAUAACUGUAGGAUGCUGGUGAAAGGGCUCCACAUGAUUCACCACCUUGUGUUAUAUCCAUAGUGUCAUGCACUACAUGCCUGGGCCUGGUACAUCUCCCUACAUGUAUUCAAAUGAAUAUGACACAACUUUGUUUGCUUCUCUUCUACAACAGGUUCCUUCAGGUUGUUGUUACCUUACAACCUUAAAGGUUACGUGAUGUAUUUAACUGUGAGUCAAACAAAUGUGACGUUUUCAAAUCUCCCACUGAUGCCUUACCUGAUCUUUUACACAGGAAAUUCAUCAAAAGGUAUUUCCUCAGGCCCAGUAUGGACCUCAGGAAUGAUUUUAGUGACAAGUAUCUCACUUUACAUACAUAUGGGCAUGUGAUUAAGUUCAAAUUGACACCAAAUUUUAAAAUGUAGACCCUAUUUGGAGGAACAAUGCAGAUGUGAAAACUGUACUGAUGAAAUGUACUAGCUGAGAAUGGUUCUAUCCUUUAAGCAUGUUCGUGAUAAAGGGCUUCCUUUGCACCACAUCUGUAACAAAAACAUAAUAGACAUUCAGAAAUGUAUGGUUUGAUGUUUCUUAUGUGUUGGUGAUAAAUCCCCUUAGGCGGGUUUCUUUCUGUAUCAGAUAUACCCUCAGAUUUAUGAUUUAAUAUGUCAUCUCAUCCAAAGAAAACAGUGAAAAAGUGAGUCAUGUCUAUACACACUGCCAAGAAAAUUUGAGCGUAUGUACUGUAUAAAAGCUUUUUGUAUUUAUUUGUAACGGCUCAAAUGCAUGCAAGAAUAACGAAUGGCUGAAGCUGAACUUCUGUACAUAUCAUCUGUAAAAAUUCCAGGGAUUUCUUAAAAAGUAACAUGGUCAUAUAAAAUAAAGUCAAAUUCUUUGCA